GGGGGGGCCGGCGGAGCCGGGGCUGCCAUGGGGCGCCGCGCUGCCUGACCGCCCCGGGCGCUGCCUUCCUCCUCCUCCUCUCCUCCUCCUCCUCCUCCUCCACCUCCUCCUCUCCUCCUCCCGCCGCCCGGCCCGGCCCGGCUCCGCUCGCCAUGGGAGAUGUGGUCUCCACGCACCUGGACGAGGGUCGCCGCCAGCACAUCGCGGAGAAGACAGGGAAGGUGCUGGGGGAGUUCUGCCGGUGCUACAAGGAGCAGUACGGCGUAGCGCUCUUCAACAGUGUCCGCUAUGAGAUCGAAGGCAACGGAGGGCCCCAGGCCCAGCUGCUCCACCGCAAGGUCCCGCUGGAGGACCAUGUCAUCUACUCAGGCAACCUCUUCCAGUACAUCGAGGAGAACAAGAAGUGGAGGAACCGCUUCUGCGUGGUCCCACACAACUACGGCUUGGUCCUCUACGAGAACAAACUGGCCUAUGAGCGGGACCUGCCGGCCCGUGUGAUGAUCAACAGCGCUGGCUACAAGAUCCUCACCUCUGUGGACCAGUACCUGGAGCUGGUGAACAGCAGUCUGCCUGGUGUGACACCCAAAUCGGGGCACUCCCCCAUCUUGAAGUGCCCCACGGAUUUCCCCCUCAUCCUCUGGCACCCCUACGCCCGGCACUAUUAUUUCUGCGUGAUGACAGGCAAGGAGCAGGAGAAGUGGCAGGCGGUUUUCCAGGACUGUGUACGACACUGCAAUAAUGGGAUCUCUGAGGACUCCAAAGUGGAGGCUCCAGCCUUCACAGAUGCCGUCCGCAUGUACCGCCAGUCAAAGGAGCAGUACGGCACCUGGGACAUGCUGUGCGGCAACGAAACCCAGGUCCUGAGCAACCUGGUGAUGGAGGAGCUGCUCCCCGAGCUGAGGACCGCCAUCGGCCCCCGGCUGAAGGGCAAGGCUCAGGAGCGCCAGCGGACCUGGAUCCAGAUCUCGGAUGCUGUCUAUAGGAUGGUCUAUGAGCAGACUAAUGCCCAGUACGAUGCAGCGAUGGCCAAGUGCGAACAGGAGCGGCCCCAGAUGGAGAGCACCAUCCGCACAGACAUGGACCAGAUCAUCACUUCCAAGGAGCACUUGGCCAGCAAGAUCCGAGCAUUCGUCCUUCCCAAAGCGGAGGUCUGUGUCCGUAACCAUGUCCAGCCCUACAUCUCCUCCAUCCUGGAAGCCCUGAUGACCCCCACGAGCCAGGGCUUUGCUGAGGUGCGGGAGGUCUUCUUCAAGGAGGUGACAGACAUGAACAUGAACAUCAUCAACGAAGGUGGUCUGGAGAAACUGGUGGAGUACAUGGAGAAGCUUUCCCACCUGGCUUUCCACCCAGUCAAGAUGCAGUCGUGCUAUGAGAAGAUGGACCAGCUGAAACUGGAGGGCCUUCAGCAGCGAUUCGAUGUCUCCAGCACGUCCGUCUUCAAGCAGAGGGCCCAGAUCCACAUGAGACAGCAAAUGGAUGACGCCGUGUUCACAUUUGAGACCCUGCUCCACCAGGAGCUGGGGAAGCUGCAGGGCAAAGACGACUUGUGCAAGUCCAUCCAGCGCAUCCUCGAGAGGGUGCUCAAGAAAUAUGACUACGACAGCAGCACUGUGCGGAAGAAGUUCUUCAGGGAGGCCCUGCUACAGAUCACCAUCCCCUUCCUGCUGAAGAAGCUGGCACCGACCUGCAAGGGGGAAUUAGCCAAGUUUCAGGAGCUGAUCUUCGAGGACUUUGCCAGCUUCAUCCUGGUGGAGAACACUUACGAGGAGGUUGUGCUACAGUCGGUGAUGAAAGACAUCAUGCAAGCUGUGAAGGAGGCAGCCGUGCAGCGGAAGCACAACCUGUACCGAGACAGCAUGGUCAUGCACAACAGCGAUCCCAACCUGCACCUCCUGGGUGAGAGCAUCCCCAUCGACUGGGGCGAGGAGUACAGCGGGCAGCCGGAGCCUGAGCCGGCGGCCGACAAGCGCCGCAGAGCCAAGCAAGUGGUGUCAGUGAUCCAAGACGACGAGGGGGGGCUGCCCUACACGGUGCGUGCUGAGGCGCUGCUGCAGCCCGGCUCCCCAGAGCCAGAGGAGCCGGACUCUGGCGCGCAGCCGAGCUCCCCCGAUGGGGUGCAGGAGAUCCGGAAGGCGCUGGCGAAGGAGAGCCUUGGGGACAGCGUCAAGGCGGAGGAGGAGCAGCUGACGAACGGUACCAACACCACACAGGAGAGCAGUGCCACCGAGGAGGUGGUGGUGGUGGCGGUAGGGUCUGUCACAGGUGACGUCCUCCCACAAGAUCCAGCCAGUGAGGGGGACGGGGUGCACUGCGCCACACCGGCAUCGCCUGUGCCUGGAGCUGAAGUCCCAUCGGGGGCUGGGGUGCAACAUGCUGCUCCAACAUCACCUGUCCCUGGAGCCGAGGUCCUAUCAGGAGCUGUGGUGCAACAUGACGCACCAGCACCACCCAUGCUGGCAUCACCCAUGCCCGGAGCCGAUGUCCCAUUAGGGGCCAGUGUGCAACACACCGCACCAGCACCACCCAAACCCAGGGCAGCCGAUGGCCCAGCAGAGGCCAAGGUGCCCCAUGCCACACCAGCAUCGCCCGUGCCCACAGCUGAGACCCCAUCGCCAUCCGCUGGGACCGCUUGCCACCAGCCCAGUGACAAGGAGACGGGUGAGGAGGUGACCCCCCCGGUUGGCAAGUGCAGAGCCCCGCAGCCCAUGGGCACAACAGAGAGUGGUGAGGGGGUGCAGACUGAGUUCUAGCCCCAUGGACUGGCCCCAGUGAUGCUGGGGGUUGGGGUAGGGGGAAUAGGACCUGUUGUGCUGCUGGGGACAGAAAGCAGCACAGCGGGAGAGGGAGGGGAUGGGGAACACUGAGACCUUAUUGCCUAGCCUGGGGGGGGUCCUCGCUGCUGCGUGGGUCUGGCCACAGCCAAGUGGUCCUACUGGGUCGGACCGGGGGGCCCCUGCCCUGGCACAGGGCACCCCCUGGACUCUGCUCUGUCCUUCUGCCUUAUUUUCUUCUUUUCUACUGAAGAGAUGCUUUAUCUGCCUCCUCCCACCCCCACCCCCGCCCCAGCACAAGUGCCUCUGGCUGCCAGGGGGGAGCUGGCACUAACCCCACCGUGGAUGGGUGAGGGUCAGCCCCUGCCCCAACCCGGGGGUUUCCUGGAAGCCUGCCCACUGCCAUCCUACCCAGCCAGCUCCAGCAGUGCCUGUGGGAGAGGGGACUGCAGGGGAUGAUGGAAAAUGUGAUAGCAGCUGGGGCAGGGCAGGGAUGGGUGCUGGCACUGCUGCUGGUAAGGCGAGAGCUGGGGCUGGCAGCGCCCAGGCUGAGCUCACAGCACCCAGCGCCCACACCCUGACUACCCUCACCGCAGGGUCUUCAAGCAGCUAUUUAAGUUCAGAGGAAAAUGUUAGAGGGGAAGGCGGCAUUCACGCAGUGCCUCCAGGGGCUGCCUCCGGGCUGAGGCUUGCCACGCAGCGGAGGGACCCCAGCUCUCGCCCACUGGUGCUCCCCAGCACCGUGCACGGAUGAUUUCUCUGGCUCUCAGGCUCUGCAGGUUUUGGCACCUGCACCGAUGGUGAAGCAAAGAGCUGGUGCCUUAGCAGGGGCUUGCUGCCCCCCCCCAGCAGCCCUGCCCACCGUGGGGAGGGGGACGGGACUGGCACAGCCCCCAUGCAGAGAUGCUAAAAGCCCCGGAGCUGGUGGGAGUUGGCAGGACUCGUGAGCGUGAGACACGUGUGCACGUGCACGGAGCAGGGACCAGCACCCCAACACUCGCCUGUAUUUUAGGUGCCGCUGUUUCUGCCUCUGAAGGGGGGUGCCCGGCUGAACCCGCUCGGGAAGGACACCCCCCAGAGUGCCUUGCUUUGGGAACUUAAAACCUGUCUCUUCCAGGAUAUUUUAUUAAGAAAGUUAUACAAAUGUUUAAAAAUAUGCUUAUAAUAAUUAAUAAAACGGAAAAGCUUUAUUUAAAGCCA